AUGCCCUUCAGAGACAGGGUGGCCCGCCGGUUCGGCGAGACUGUAAGCUCUCCAGCUUCGCUUUCACCCCAUCUUACCCUCUCUAUUCCCCCCACCAAUUUCAGUCCCGACCCUCGCGUUGGCACUGGCAGCGGUCGCGGUCUGGGCUGCAUCGAAACCAGAGCUACAGCCCGCCACGACCGCAUGGACUGCAACGGCGCAGCCGGGGGAAACGGCAGCGAAAUAGACAAGAUCGUCCGAAAGACCCUCGGCCCCCAGCAUCGGCCGGCCGACAAGGUCGUCAAGAGCGUUGGGAGACCCGUGAGGAUAGCAAGCCGGCGCAACACCGGCAACCCCCAUGCCUUUUCUGAUCUUACUUCUUGGUCUUCUGCUUCCUCGGCUCGGCGCACCUCGCCUCGACCAAGACCUCCCCAUGCCAGCUUGCGCCUCACGGGCUUCGACUCCAGAGGCAACUUUCAUUCUAGAGUGACUAGAGCCAACAGUAAGAUGACUGACGCCAACGGAAACCAGCUCUCGCCCACUGCACCCUACCUCUCAUAUCACGACAUUUGCCUUACUUAUGAGGAUAUCAAGGCAUUGCGGAAUGACUGGCUUACUGAUAAUAAUAUCCACUUUUGGGAGGAGUGGCUCGAGCACGAGAUCCUUCCGAAAUACCCUCAGGCGCGAAUCUGCUUGCUACGACCGUCAAUGACCUACCUCCUGAUGCGCAACGACCCAGCCUCGAUCCGCUCCGCACUACCGGACAUGACGAAGGUGACGCACGUGUUCCUGCCGAUCAACGACGCGGUGAGCCGCACGCAGCCGGACGGGUCGCACUGGUCGCUGCUGCUGGUGUCCAAGAUCGACGGCGUGGCGUUCCACUACGACUCACUGGGCGGCGCCAACGUGGACGAGGGCCGGCGCGCGAGCGAGCGCAUGGCCGUCCUGCUGGGCAUGCCGCUGCGCUUCCAGAACAUCUCGGACUGCCCGCAGCAGGAGAAUGGUAACGACUGCGGCGUCUUUGUCUGUAUCCUCAUGCGCCACCUGCUCGUCAAGCGGCUGCUCAACGCAAACGCCCGCGAGAAGGUGUCCAUGAGCAUGGCGAACAAGAUGAUUGAUGCUGCCGGUGCACGCAAGGAGAUGACCAAGAUCAUUGAGAGUCUGCGCAAGGAGGGCGAGAGGCGCCGUAGCGCGAGCCCGUUCCCCAAGCAGGAGGGUGCGCCGCGGAUCGACUAG